AGCCCGGUGAGGCUGGGGGCCAUGGCGGAGCUGCAGCAGCUACAGGAGUUUGAGAUCCCUACCGGCAGGGAGGCUCUGCGGGGCAACCACAGCGCCCUGCUGCGUGUGGCUGACUACUGCGAGAACAACUAUGUGCAGGCCGCAGACAAGCGGAAGGCACUGGAGGAGACCAUGGCCUUCACCACCCAGGCACUGGCCAGCGUGGCCUACCAAGUGGGCAACCGCGGGCAUACUCUGCACAUGCUGGACCUGCAGGGGGCCGCCCUGCGGCAGGUGGAAGCCCGUGUAAGCACACUGGGCCAGAUGGUGAACAUGCAUAUGGAGAAGGUGGCCAGAAAGGAGAUUGGCACCUUAGCCACUGUCCAGCGGCUGCCCCCUGGACAGAAGGUCAUUGCUCCUGAGAGCCUACCCUCCCUCACACCAUACUACAGAAGACCCCUCAACUUUGGCUGCCUGGAUGACAUCGGCCAUGGGAUCAAGGACCUGAGCACGCAGCUGUCACGAACCGGGACCCUGUCUCGAAAGAGCAUCAAGGCGCCUGCCACACCCACCUCCACCACACUGGGGAGACCACCUCGGAUCCCCGAACCUGUGCAGCUCCCGGUGGUGCCUGAUGGCAAACUCUCGGCAGCCUCAUCCGCCUCUUCUCUGGCCUCGGCCGGCAGCGCCGAAGGUGUUGGAGGAGCCCCCCAGCCAGAAGGGCAGGCAGCACCCCCAGCCCCGCCUCUCCCGCCCGCUGCCGCCGCCGAGGUCUUCCUGCCGCCUCCCCCGCUGGAGGAGCUGUCCCCGCCUCCUCCGGCUGCAGAACUGGCCCCGCCCCUGGACCUGCCCCCUCCUCUGGACCUGCCCCCUCCUCCGGCCCUGGAGGCAGAUGAACUGGAGCUGCUGCCCCCACCCCCGCCAGGGUUUGGACCCGACGAGCCCAGCUGGGCCCCUGCUGCGUACCUGGAGAAAGUGGUGACACUGUACCCAUACACUCGCCAGAAGGACAACGAGCUCUCCUUCUCUGAGGGCACCAUCAUCUGCGUCACCCGCCGCUACUCUGACGGCUGGUGCGAAGGAGUCAGCUCAGAAGGGUCUGGAUUCUUCCCGGGAAACUAUGUGGAGCCCAGUUGCUGACAGCCCAGGGCUUUCCCUGCGUGGACCCAGGCA